GAAUCCUCACCUGAGCCACUCCUAAUUUUCACCAUCCAUUUCUUCUUUUUAACCGCGAUUCAAACAGUACGGUGGGGGGUGAGACGUCAGUGUCCAUGUUCUGCCGACUGCCAAUCUAAUCAAAACUAAUUAAAUAUUUUCAAAGUAUUUAUUAGAUUAACCUCCAAGGAAAACAACAUUCCUGUCCUUUCACCCUACACUACACGCAAUUAUCUAUUAAUCAACUCCAAAUCAGACGGAUUAGAAAAAUUUUUUACACCUACCUCCAACCCAACUUCAGAAAUUCAAAUCACAGGGUCAGUAAAGUGCCGCUAUCAUGGAUUAAACCGCAGAUUUUCCAACUAACCACUUCAUUUCACCUUCUCCGCCACUUUACACUGGAACAGCAAUCGCCCAUAUAUACUGCCAAUGCAUAUCCUAUACGUUCGUUCACAGCUACAUUUUGGAGCAAAUUCUGGGCUCGUUCUUCAGCGAAAACCAGAUUCCGAUAGAUCUGGUUUUCCAGCACGCCACUUGCAUUGAAAUUUGAAAUGCUCAUUGAUUUCGCUGCUUAAAUCUGCUGGAUUGUUUUCCUAGUAUUAGUGCUUGCAGCUGGGGCCCAAAGAAUGGCGAUCUCUAGUCCUAUUACUCCUGGUCAGGUCUCAUUUUUUCUUGGAAUUGUACCUGUAAUUGCUACCUGGAUAUAUUCAGAGUUUUUGGAGUAUAAGAAAAAUGCUGCAGCAUCCAAAGCUAGGCAUUCUGAUAUUGGUUUGCCUGAGGUGGGAGAUGGCGCUGUCAAAGAAGAUGACAAAGCUGUUUUACUGGAGGGGGGAGGUCUUCACUCUGCUUCUCCUAAAGCUAAGAGUUACUCUGCCUCAUCUCCUAUUUUUAGGUUCCUUCUCAUGGACGAGCAAUUCUUGAUUGAUAACCGGUUGACGUUGAGAGCUAUAUCUGAAUUUGGUGCCCUUUUGGGGUAUUUUUAUUUAUGUGACCGCACAGAUUUCUUUAACUCCUCCAAGAAGAGUUUUAAUAGGGAUCUGUUCUGGUUUCUCUACUCCCUUCUCAUUAUAGUUUCGGCAAUAACUUCUUUCAAAAUACAUCAUGAUAAGUCACCGUUUUCAGGGAAACCCAUACUUUACUUGAAUAGGCAUCAAACUGAGGAGUGGAGAGGCUGGAUGCAGGUGUUGUUUUUGAUGUAUCAUUACUUUGCUGCAACAGAAAUCUAUAAUGCAAUCCGAGUGUUUAUUGCUGCAUAUGUGUGGAUGACUGGAUUUGGGAACUUCUCAUAUUAUUAUGUCCGCAAAGAUUUCGGUCUUGCUAGGUUUGCUCAGAUGAUGUGGCGGCUUAAUUUCUUGGUGUUAUUUUGCUGCAUCGUGCUUAACAACAGUUAUAUGCUAUAUUACAUUUGCCCCAUGCACACUCUUUUCACUCUUAUGGUCUAUGGGGCGCUUGGAAUUUUGAACCAAUACAACGAGAUUGGAUCUGUCAUGAUUGUGAAAAUCAUCUCCUGCUUCUUGGUGGUUAUCCUAAUAUGGGAAAUUCCUGGAGUUUUUGAACUGGUCUGGAGCCCACUUACUUUUUUGCUUGGCUAUACUGAUCCUGCGAAACCAGAUUUUCCUCUGCUGCAUGAAUGGCAUUUUCGCUCAGGCCUUGAUCGUUAUAUCUGGAUAAUUGGAAUGAUAUAUGCCUAUUAUCAUCCAACAGUGGAAAGGUGGAUGGAGAAACUGGAGGAAACAGAAGUGAAGCGCAGAAUAUCAAUCAAAACAGCGGUUGCAUUGAUAUCCCUUUCGGUGGGUUAUCUAUGGUAUGAGCAUAUAUACAAGCUAGACAAGAUCACAUACAAUAAAUACCAUCCUUACACUUCAUGGAUUCCAAUAACCAUAUACAUAUGUUUGAGAAAUGUCACCCAAUACUCCCGCAGCUACACUUUGACCCUUUUUGCAUGGCUUGGAAAGAUUACACUGGAAACAUACAUUUCGCAGUUCCAUAUCUGGUUAAGAUCAAGCAUUCCAGAUGGUCAACCAAAAUUGUUGCUUUCUAUAAUCCCAGCUUCAAACUACCCAUUGUUGAACUUUAUGCUCACUACUUCCGUAUAUGUUGCAGUUUCUUACAGACUCUUUCAUUUGACAAAUACAUUGAAAAUAGCAUUUGUGCCUAGUCGAGACAAUAAGGGCCUUGCACACAACAUAAUUACAGGAGCAGUAUUUGCAAGUAUUCUAUACUUUGUAUCCUUUAUAUUCUUAAAAAUCCCUAAGAUGCUGGUAUGGGAAUAAGGCUGGAAGCUUCUGAAUCAGUUUUCUGUGAACACAUGAGAGUGUCACUCCACUGCUAGAUUUUUUACCUCAACCAAAAACAUUGGAGCUGCAAAUGGAUUCAUUUCGUACUUUUCAUUGGCUAGAUAAAUGGAAAAGGCUCAGCUUAGAUUUUGUGACUUAUAUUGUAUUAAGUAGGGAAAGUUAAAGUUAGUAAACGAGAUGACCAGCAAAGGGGGGUUAUUUUUGUAUUUUUAUCCAUGUACUCCCAAAUCUACAUGAAAAUGAUUACACGCGGAAUAUACCAUCAAUGUUAAAGAUGUUAACAUUGUCAAA